AUGGCUGCGCUUGGAGAGGCGCAGCAACGUCCGUGCGUGCGUGCGUCUGCUGUCCUGGUCCUUGGCACCGACCAGUGCCCCACGCAGGUGCUGCCAGGCACCCUGACGAGGCCUGAAAUCUCCAAGUGGACCGUUCAUCCAGCCGCAGUGACGCUGGCACCGGGGGAUGACGCAAUCAGGCGGCCAGUCGGCGCUUCCAGUUUAACAAACCUGAAAACUGGCUUGGCGAUUGCGGUGCCGUUGGCCGCAGCUGCUGUGCGGAAAAGGCCCCAGGGACGCAAAGCGCGACCCAUGUUGGCCAUGACCAAGACCUCGGUAAGCAAUGACACUGUGAAAGGUGCAGCGAAAGUCUGCUCCGAAUGUGGCUACGUUUUCGUUGAGGAUGAUGCGUUGUUCUGCCCAAAGUGUGGGACUCCUCGAACCGGAACUCUGGGGGUGGGAUCCAAAAAGGCCGCACCCAAGGCCGAGGAGCCCAAGAAAGGCUACUUCCCACCGCAGCCCACACCACUGCUGGACUCUCUUGGAGACGAGGGCACCCAGCGGAUCCGGAGCAUGAGCGUGCCGGAGCUCAAGCAGCUUGCCGACGAAGUUCGGUGGCAGGUGCUGGAUGCCGUCUCGGUCACGGGAGGACAUCUCGGUGCCGGCCUGGGCGUGGUUGAGCUGACCGUAGCACUUCACCACGUUUUUGACACCCCACGUGACGAAAUCUGCUGGGAUGUCGCCCAUCAAUGCCAACCUCACAAAGUGUUGACAGGGCGGCGAUCGCGCAUCUACACACUGCGCCAGGGGGGUGGCCUAUCGGGAUUCGCAAAGAGGAAAGAGUCCAUCUACGAUGCUUUUGGUGCCGGCCAUUCUUCUACAUCCAUCAGUGCCGCGGUCGGCUUUCAAACUGCUAAAGAUCGGCUGGGUAGGUCUGGCCACAGCAUUGCUGUAAUCGGAGAUGGAGCCAUCACCGGUGGCAUGGCUUGGGAGGCCAUGAACCACGCGGGUGGCAUGGGCUCCAAGAUGGUUGUGAUCCUGAACGACAACGGACAGGUGUCUCUGUGGGAGCCCUGGAUGACUAGUUUUGGGCGUCAGAAGCUCAAGCCGCUUCUCAGCGCUUCGCAGGCCGACGUUCUACAACAAGGCCUCCGACCUCCCUUCAACCAUGGCGAUUCCCUGGUGCUGCGAGCAGAGCAGGUGAAGCAGCCCGUGGGGGCGCUCUCAGAAACCUUGGCCGGCACGCAAGGCCUCUCCAUUCAGGGCGACAUCGCGAAGUUUGAGACCUCCUCGGCUUUCCAGAACGCGAGACAGUUUGCCAAGAACGCAACGAAGCAGCUUCUUCCCGGACAGCUUUCUGCUGCCGCCGCGAAGCUGGACGAGUACACGCGCGACUUUGUCAAGACUGUGCCCUUCCGCGGAAGUGGUUCGGGAAGUAAGGGAGAGCUUUUUGAGCAGCUUGGGUUCUACUACGUGGGGCCCAUUGAUGGGCACGACAUGGACACGCUGGUGGAGGUUCUCACGAACAUUCGCAAAGACCACGAAGAUGGCACCUUGCAGAAGCCUGUGACAAAGAAGGGCAAUGGCUACGAGCCAGCCCAGAAGGCCAGCGACAAGCUGCAUGCGGUUCAGCCGAAGUUCAACGUGCCAAAAGGUGCCAGUGAUAAGCCUCCAGCGCCAAAGCCUCCGCCGUUCACGAAGAUUUUCGGGGAUGCACUGGUGCGGGAGGGCGAGCGCGACGACAAGGUCGUCGCGAUUACAGCCGCGAUGCCCGGUGGGACAGGCAUCGGCAUCUUCGAGAAGAGGUUUGGCCCAGAGCGAACCUUCGAUGUGGGCAUCGCGGAACAGCAUGCGGUGACCUUUGCGGCCGGGAUGGCAGCAGGUGGCCUGAAGCCGUUCUGUGCUAUCUACUCCACGUUCCUGCAGCGAGGCUAUGACCAGCUGGUGCAUGAUGUGGCGCUUCAGAAACUGCCAGUUCGAUUCAUCUUGGAUCGAGCUGGCCUUGUAGGGGCAGAUGGAGCCACCCACAGUGGCUGCUUUGAUCUUUCCUACAUGGGCUGCAUUCCCGACAUGAUGAUAUGCGCGUCGGCUGAUGAGGCAGAGCUGGUCAACAUGAUCCACACUCUGGCGAAAAUCGAUGAUCAGCCAACAGCGCUGCGGUUUCCCCGCGGUAGCUGCUAUGGCGACCUGGUAAUGCCAGCAGAACCUCGCUUCCUGGAGCCUGGAAGGGGGCGCAUCUGUCGUGAGGGUCGUGAUGGCAAGCUGGCCAUCCUUUCCAUCGGCGGACGGUUGCGCGAGUGCCUGAAGGCUGCCGAUGAGCUUGAGGAAAAGUACGGCGUGUCCGUGACCGUCGCAGAUGCUCGUUGGAUGAAGCCGCUGGACACGAAUCUCGUCGGCCGUUUGGCCGAGGAUCAUCGUGCCCUCAUCACCAUCGAGGAGAACGCGAUUGGCGGCUUCUCUGCUCAAGUCCAGCAGGCUCUCCUGGAAGGCGGGUACUUGGAUGGCCUGGGCAAGACGCCGGUGGCACUUCGAAGCAUGGUCUUGCCGGACAGGUGGAUUGACCACAACGCUCCCGAGCUUCAGUACGAUGAUGCGAAGCUUAAUGCGCAGCACAUACUCCAGAAGGCCCUUGCGCUUUUAAGCCGCGUGGGUGUCAAGGUGGAUGCAAAGAUUGCAGGGAGGAGAGCGAGUCCGGCCAAACAAGAGGAGAACUGUGAACAGGAGGCAGGCAGAGGACAUAUUGUUUGGAAGGUCGGCCAGGCCAUGCUCGCCUUUCUGGGCAGCUCGCCGGCCAGUGCACCCACUGCGAGUGCGCGGCUGUCGGCAUCGCUCGUGUCUGGAGAAGCUUCGGUCCCGCCUGGCCGAACUCCGAAACGCAGGCACGGGGAGAGUAUGGGCAAGGCUGCCGCAACGGUGCUCGCCGUGUCUGCCCUUGCCAGAACCAGGCCCACGUCCAAGCAUCUGGGAUUAAGAUGUCCGAGGAGCUCUCUACACGGUAGCCCCGUGCAGCUGCGCGCUACAGAGGCCGCAGCGUCAGAAUCGAAGAUCCGUGUUCGAUUCGCCCCGAGCCCGACUGGAGUGUGCGCCCUCUGCUUGAGCUUUGCAGUGACCUGCCUUGAUUUGAUGCUUCUUGCGGUUGUUAUGGUAAGAGUCUUACGGUCAUUGCUUCUUUCUCCAGGCAACAUCGCCAGUCCCAUCAGGUUAAUGGAUAAAUGUAGGGACAAAGUAUGCCACAGUUGCCAAUGCUUCCGCGUCCAAGUGCAAGCAAGUGCUUUUGAUCUUACUCUUGUCCCUUACUCUUGCGUGACUUGCCAGUUGCCGCUGAUAGCAUUGCUAUGGAUCCUGGCUGUGUGCACUAUGAUCAUGGUGAUUGCCACUACGGUUAUCAGUCAUCAUUCCUAG